AUGGUUACAACUACUGAUUUCUUCUUCCCCAAUGUCGACGACCCUUACUUGAUGGGUAAGAUUGCCUGUGCCAACGUAUUGUCUGAUCUCUAUUCGUUCGGUAUCGAUGAAUGUGACAACAUGCUCAUGCUACUUGCUGCCUCAACUGAUAUGUCUGUUGAGGAUAGAGCUUGGAGUACCCGUGGUCUUAUUGAAGGCUUCAACGAUCACUGCAAACUAGCCGGUACCAAGGUUAGAGGAGGUCAGACCGUCAAGAAUCCAUGGCCAAUCAUUGGAGGUGUUGCCACAUCAGUUGUAAAGAAUGAAGACAUGAUCAUGCCUGUUAACGCAGUACCUGGUGAUGUGCUCGUGCUGACCAAGCCACUGGGCACUCAGGUGUGCGCCAACUUCCACCAAUGGAUCAGACAGCCAGAGAAGUGGCAAAAGAUCGAGACCAUCGCUACACACGAGGAGGCGAGAACAGCCUUUGCCUACGCCACCAAGUCGAUGGCCCGUCUCAAUCGCACUGGUGCACGUCUCAUGAGGAAGUACCAUGCCCACGCCUGCACUGAUGUGACGGGCUUUGGUAUUGCCGGUCACUCUGACAACCUCGCCAAGAACCAACUGCAACCCGUCAUCUUUGAGAUCCACACCCUGCCAAUCAUUGAAGGCAUGCGUAAGAUUGACGAGCACUUGGGCAACAACUGGAAGUUGACCAGCGGUCUCUCAGCCGAGACCAGUGGUGGUCUUCUCAUUGCCAUGCCAGAGGCAGCCGCCAAGGAGUUGAUCAGCGAGAUCGAGGAGGUUGACAAGCAACCCGCAUGGAUCAUCGGUCGUGUCCUCGCAUGUGAGCCUGGCGAGAACAAGUCAGUGAUCCUGCCCAACCCAACAAUCAUCGAGGUCAAACCCAACCAGAACUUUGACUUCUAA